AUGGUUGCUCCUGGUCAUCAUCAACAUGACGAUGAACCAAACCAUGAUGAGGAGCCUCCUCUUGCAGUGCCUUCUUCAUCAUCCGAUACCGAAACAACAACAAGAAGAAGAAGAAGAGAUUCCUCGUUUUUAACGAAUGAAGAGGUACCCACAACAACUACUACUACUAUUACUACUUCAGGGACUCCUUAUUUGAAAGAGUUGGAUCAAAAGAGAAGUGAAGAGAAACAUCCUUCUUCAUCAUUUGCAGCAUCAUCCAUCAUGAUGACAUCCAAUUCUUCCCAACAAGAACACUCUGCUCCACCACUCGACAAGCAAAACCUUGUACACUCUUCAAGAGUUGGUAGCAAUAUUAACCAGUCGAAUCUUAACAACAUCAUCCACAACAACACUACAAACUCAAGCCAACAAUUUUUAUCCCCGUACUCCUCUUUGGCUUCAUCGACUCCUCCAAGAAAGGCUCGUGUUUCAAUUUCCGACGACCAACAACAACAACAAAGAGGUAGCUCUUCGGAAACAGCAACACUCUCCUCACCUGCGUCAUCCUCCCCAAGCAAUCCAUCUUCUCAAUCAUCCUCAUCUUCUCCAUCACUACCUCAUGGUGAUGCCGCCAUGAUGCUCAAUGAAAAGGCACAUCAAAUUUUCCUUCCCGUGUGUUUAUUUCUUUGCUAUGCCUAUCUCGUUCUGUACUCUACCGAUUAUCCAAUCUGCAUGGCCAUUCUAUGUGUAUUGGCCAUUGUGAUUAAUUUUAAAUUUGUUCGUUCUAAGGCUCAGCAACUAGUGUUCAUGUGGAUGGUGAAACAACGCUUCAUAGAAUUGGAUGAUGUUCCGACUCAUGAAGACGGCCUUUUUAAUACUUCAACCACACAUCCUAACAACUUGAUGAAUACUAACAACACUAAUAGCCACAACAAUAACCCUGUCACUUCAAAUCAUGAGUUUGACGACACUAAGACCUCUCACAAUGGAGACAACACGGAUAAUCAUGAGAUUAAGAUUGAGCCAAAACAUGUCUUGUCGGUAGAAAUUGAAAAUUUAGCAUCCUCACCAUCACUUCCACCUCAAGAACAUGAUACCUCAUCCUUAAAAACUAAUCCUAACAAUUCCUCAACAACAGUUGAAGAUACAUUAACUGAAUCUAACAAACACAUACCCUCACAAGGUUCAGUGCCAUUCUACUCGACCGAUUACUGGAAAUUUGCUCCAUCAUCAAGAAACUCCUCCUCCUCUUCGAACCUGUCACUUGAUAUGGCUUCUAUGGCAAGAAGGCAACGGUAUUUGGAGGUUUACACUUGCAAAGUUAUGAUUGUCUUGAACAUUGUUGUGUUUUUCUUUCGUUUAUUGUUGUGUACGAAAGACUACACGGUUGGCUGGUUAAUGAUUGGAUUUCUCUCGAGUACCAUUCACAAUUAUUCAUACAUUAUUUUACAGAAUGCACUUGUGGAUUGUCGUGUACAUUCGUAUGACGCCAUCAUGUGGAUUAUUGCUGCUCAACACGUCGUUUCAUUUGGAAAUGCAUUUAUUUUGUCAGCCAUUCAUCAUCGCCAUCUUGAAGCAUUUGGAACAUUUUGCCUCUUGACUGUGUUGAAUUUCAUGUUGAAUUCUGUGAGUUACAAAUUGAUGAAUAGACUCAAUACAAUGAAAUUAAUGACCAGCAAACUGAAAGAGGCCAAUAGGUCCAAGAAUGCCUUGGUGAGCUCUAUUUCCCAUGAAUUCCGUUCUCCAUUGAUGAGCAUUUCAGGAAGUAUUGAGCUACUUCUGGACACGCCUCUAACGUCAGAGCAAGUAAACUACAUCAAGACAAUCGGCAGCUGCAGCAGUAUCUUGCUGACACUCAUCGAAGACAUUCUUCAGUAUUCGAAACUUGAGAAAACAAACAUGGAAAUUGCGACAAAUUCAAUGCUUGGAAAAAAUAGCCAUGAGGAUGAAGAGGAAAAAACUGAUCCAAAAACAGUGUUUUCUCUUUCUGAUUGUCUCUCGCAUGUUAAAAGUAUUGCAAGCUCAUAUGCCUCCAGCUUUGAUGUCACCAUUGACUUUGUGAGCAGCAAAUUCCUGCCAGCCUAUGUGUUGGGUGAAAGCGUGCGUUUGCAACAAGUCCUUAUUAAUCUUCUCACGAACUCUAUUAAGGCAUCUCAAAAAAAUCAAGUGGUGACACUUGCCGUAGAAGUGCCGGAAGAUGACAAUCCCGAAGAUUUAGUUGACGAUGGAAGAGCCAACACACCCGAGAUUGUGGUUGUGAAACCAAGAAUAACCUCUCCUGAAACAACUCUCAAUACUGAUCCUAAUUCUGAAGUUGUCAUCACAAAAACCGUAGUAUUUCAUGUGAUCGAUCAUGGCAUUGGCAUUCCAAAGGAUGUUCAAAAACUAUUGUUCAAGCCCUUUUCGAGUCACAACAGAACAGGAGAUGGAAGCGUUAUUGGAACAGGUUUGGGUCUCACUAUUCUUCGAAAAAUUAUCAUUAAUAUGAAAGGAGGCAUCUCUUACAAAACAGAAUGUGCUCCAGCACCAAAUCAAGGAACGACCUUUUCAAUUUCAAUACCAUUCAAACUUCCGGAUGGAAAGAAGAAAAAUUCUCUGAAACAAAUUGAGGAAAUUCUGAGAACUCACCCUGUUGUUUCAAACGGCUUAUCUGCUGGGGAAGGGGAAGGUAACACCUUAUCCUCCUCAGGAGGAGUCAUUGCACCCGUUUCAAAUCUUUCCAAAGAUGACGAGAUGGAAAAUGGAAAUAAUAUUGACACAGAGUUACAAAAGACUCAUUUGCUUCACAAAGAGCUUUAUAUAAUGAAGAAGCGGCAAUCAAAACCAAGUGUUGGAAAAGGAAUCAUUAUGAAUGGACAGCACCACAGUGCUUUUAAUACAACCACAAUAGAACAAGCACAUGCUUCAUCAUCAACCAUACCAAAUGGCAUUACUGUUUUCCCAGAUAAUAUUUACGAAACCAAAAUUCUUCUUGCUGAAGAUAACCCAAUUAAUUUAUCAGUUCUGAGAAAACUGCUAGAAAAAGGAGGAUUUAAACGCAUUACCACAAGUUCCAAUGGAUUCGAGCUUGUGGAAGCCUUUAAAAACGAAUAUCAUAAUAUCAUUGUCACGGAUUUGCACAUGCCUUGCAUGAAUGGUAUUGAGGCCGCGAAUGAAAUACGAUCGCUACCAAACGGUGACAAGACGAAAAUCAUUCUCCUCACUGCUGACGCCUUAAUGGAUAAAUUUAACAACAUGGAUAGCAUUGAUUCGUGUUUGAACAAGCCAAUUUCAAAAGAUGACUUAAAUGAGGCAAUAAUAUCAGCCAUCAAGCUUCAAAGACAAGAACAAGAACAGUAG